AUGGUAAGCGCAACUCUUGAAGAUUCUUUCCUUGCAGAUCUUGACGAGUUAUCUGACAAUGAAGCAGAACUGGAUGAGAAUGAUGUUGAUGCUGGAAAGGAGGAAGAAGAUAUUGACAUGGACAUGGCUGACUUAGAGACCCUUAACUAUGAUGAUCUCGAUAGCGUUUCUAAGCUACAGAAAACUCAGAGAUAUGCUGAUAUAAUGCAGAAAGUGGAAGAGGCUCUCGGAAAGGAAUCUGAUGGAGCGGAGAAAGGAACUGUACUAGAAGAUGAUCCCGAGUACAAGCUAAUUGUGGAUUGCAAUCAACUCUCAGUUGAUAUUGAGAAUGAGAUUGCCAUUGUCCACAACUUUAUCCGUGACAAGUACAGACUUAAGUUCCAAGAGCUUGAGUCGUUAGUACAUCAUCCAAUCGAUUAUGCUCGUGUUGUGAAAAAGAUUGGCAAUGAGACAGAUUUAGCAGUUGUUGAUCUGGGAGAACUUCUUCCAUCUGCUAUUAUCAUGGUUGUUUCAGUUACUGCUUCAACCACGAAAGGGAACCCACUGCCAGAGGAUGUACUGCAAAAGACGCUAGACGCUUGUGAUCGGGCUCUAGAGCUUGAUUCUGCGCGGAAGAAGGUUCUUGACUUUGUUGAAAGUAAGAUGGGAUCUAUCGCACCAAAUCUUUCUGCCAUUGUUGGGAGUGCUGUUGCAGCCAAGCUCAUGGGUACGGCUGGAGGUUUGUCAGCACUUGCAAAAAUGCCUGCAUGUAAUGUUCAAGUUCUUGGUCACAAGAGGAAAAACCUUGCUGGGUUCUCUUCUGCAACGACAGUGUCUCGUGUGGGUUAUCUGGAGCAGACAGAGAUUUUCCAAAGCACGCCUCCUGGACUUCGGAUGCGCGCUAGCAGGCUCUUGGCUGCAAAAUCGACUUUGGCAGCAAGAGUUGAUGCUACGAGAGGAGACCCAUCGGGAACAAAUGGAAAAGCUUUCAGGGAAGAGAUCCGCAAGAAGAUUGAGAAGUGGCAAGAACCUCCUCCUGCAAGGCAACCUAAGCCACUUCCUGUUCCUGAUUCUGAGCCUAAAAAAAGAAGGGGUGGUCGCCGUCUAAGAAAAAUGAAAGAAAGAUAUGCAGUGACAGACAUGAGGAAGCUUGCCAACAGGAUGGCGUUUGGUACACCCGAAGAGAGCUCUCUAGGUGAUGGAUUAGGUGAAGGAUAUGGAAUGCUUGGCCAAGCUGGGAGCAACAGGCUGCGCGUAUCCAGUGUUCCGAGCAAGCUGAAACUUAAUGCUAAAGUCGCCAAAAAGCUGAAAGAAAGAACAUAUACAGGUGGUGCUACGACCUCUGGUUUGACAUCAAGCCUGGCGUUCACUCCUGUGCAGGGAAUAGAGUUGUGCAAUCCUCAGGCUUUAGGGUUAGGAAGUGGGACUCAAAGCACUUACUUCUCAGAGUCAGGAACCUUCUCCAAGCUCAAGAAGAUUUAG